AUGCGAUCUGAUGAUGAUGAUGCUGCUGCUGAUGAUGAUGAAGAUGUUGAUGAUGCUGCUGAUGAUGAUGAUGAUGAUGAUGAUGAUGAUGAUGAUGAUGAUGAUGAUGAUGAUGAUGAUGAUGAUGAUGAUGAUGAUGAUGAUGAUGAUGAUGAUGAUGAUGAUGAUGAUGAUGAUGAUGAUGAUGAUGAUGAUGAUGAUGAUGAUGAUUAUGAUGAUGAUGAUGAUGAUGAUGAUGAUGAUGAUGAUGAUGAUGAUGAUGAUGAUGAUGAUGCGGAAGGUAGUGUGGAAAUUCAGGGACCUGUAUGAGGAAGCGAUGUGGACGUCGGGACAGACAAAUGGGCUUAUCCAAGUAAAUAUUCAAUUGAAACAUUUUCACUGAGGCGCUUUUUGGGAAUUGUGAGUGACUUAAAACAAAAUGGUAACAUAUGACUGCAUUACAAGCCACCAGAGAUUGUAUGUCAAUAGAUAUUACCCCCAGCGCGUCGUGGAGUCGAUUAUUCUUUGUUUUGUCUGAUCACAGCGGCACUCACCAAGUGCCCCAUCACUAGUUCAGCAGGAUUGAAGUGUAGAUUUUAGCAUAUUAUUGAUCCAGACGCCUGAACCUGAGAUGGGAGACGCACGUGAGCGACAACUAAAUCUGGAAAAAAAUAUUAGCUUUCAUGAGGUUAACGCAAAUUUAAGGGGCAAAACAAUAAUUUGUUUUCCUUUACGACACGUGCAUGGCACUUAUUCGCUGCCAACAAUCUGAUAAACAAGGUUCAGAUUUGGGGGUUUGCCAGAAGGCAAACGGUUUCAACCCUCCAACAGCACACAAGCUGUGUAUGCAUCGUCAGUACUCAAGUAAACUAAUCUCCCUGCGAAAGUACGGUAGCUGGCACAUCAGUUUUAAUGCUAGCGGAAAUUCUUAAGUGUGUUGUCAGGCAGAAAGGACUCCAUGGUGGGGUUGUUGUAUUGAUUACCACGCAGCAAAAUGCAAAGAUAAUUCCGUCAAGUUAAAUUUCCGUCUUUUGAUUGAGUUCCUUUGUGACCGUAUGCAAAGUCCACAUUCAGUGAAAGAGUUAUAUGCGACAGGUAUGCAUGGUACGUGCACAUUUUUCCUCCAUUUUUAUGCUGCCUAUGGUUUUUAAGGACUUUUUUAAUUUGCAAACAAUUUCUAACCUAACUCGCGCUUGCAGCUGCUUUCAGAGUCUCAGAACCACAUGUUGUAAAUGUCCCGUGUAACGAAAAUCAUGCAGCUUGCUCUAAGCCACUAGGAUGCUGCCACAUACGGCAAACAAUUGGCCUUAAAAGCAGUUUUCAUAAAAGGACAAGUAAAUGGCUGUAUCAGUGGAUGUUUCACUUCUCUAAAAAAUCGAAUGAUGAUAGAUUUUUAAGAUUGAAAGCUACGUCUCUUUUAAGUAGAAAAUUAAAGAAGAUGUUACUUGCUACAAAAUAAGUGCAUGAGAGGAUAGUUAUAUGCACGUCUCCAAUAUUACCUAUACGAAUUAGCAUAGGGAUAAAAAUCCAAUUAGAAAAUUGCCCUACUUACGUGGUCAUUGCGCAGUGGGUGUGGCUUUGCACAUCUAAAAGUUGGAAUAUAAGCGUAACUAAAUCGACGACAAAAGUCAAUGCAACAUUUGCUAACAUUUUCUUAUCUAAAAUAUGAAAUCGACCAAGAGGGGGGGGUAAGGAGACGUAAUAUUAUUCCGCCUGUAUCAUGCGCCGCUGUGUCGAUGCUGGCUGGGCUCGAAAUAAAACCGUAAGGCACAUCUGGGGGAGGAAGUUCUUUAAAAGCGAUCGGUGAGCACCCCUCUAGCAAUAAACCAAGAAGUUCUUUCGUUUCUGGCCACGCGUGCUACUCUUUUCCCACUACGAGUUAUGAGCUUAGAAAUAAUGGUUUUCUAUUCCUGUUGGCUGGAUGAGACAGAGAUUUGAUAAAUAUGUCUGACUAAUGCUUUCACAGGGUCGAAAUAACCUUAAGCAGCAAGUGCAUUGACGGUUUGUAGUUUUAGUGGUAGAUUCCUAUGACCAGAGCCAAACACCUGGUCAGAAGUUUCUUUUACUUUGUUUUGUUAUUGGAUGUGUCUACUGCUAGAUAAGCAAGUAGCCCUUUUUAAUAAUCUAAAAUGUCGACACUUGAAAUCAUUUUAUAACCCGUAUUCAUCUAGCAAAGGUGCCUUUUAGAUUAGUUAUCAUCAGGACUCACAAUAAUGUACACCACGGCAGUGCAACACGUGUCGACCAACAGCCAAUUCAUUAUUAAGACAAAGGCCUUUGAGGGUGUCUUGGCAUGUCCAGAGAAACGGAGAGGAAUUAUGACCCAGUUCUGUCGUCGAGGCAGGUAGAGGGGAAUGUGCCAGUGGGUGAUGUGUGUGUUUUAUUGACGCAUCAAGAAUAAUAGGAUGCAGGUAAGAAUAUGAGGAGCUCAACGUGGGCAACCCAGGGGCUUGAAUAAAUAUCUUCUGCGGCCACAGGGUGUUUUGGCUGAUCAUCUUGUCACCGCAUUUGCCAUCGGAAGAGGCAACUGGCUCAGGACUGUAAAGUCUCCGGUCUUUACUUUGUGAUGACUCUUUAUGCUCGGUUAAAGUCCACCUGAUGACCGCUAAACCACAACUGCGCUAAGGAUGGGUUUUUCCAUGUGCUGAUUUUGCCUGCAAGGUGAAGAGAGCUGAAUGCUUGAAAAAAGGAGAUUUAUUUCAAACGCUAGAUGGGGUGCACAAUAGCGUUAAUCGGGUACUUAAGUCUUGAUUUGCUUGUCCCAGUGAGCAUAAGAGAUUCGAUUUCUUGUUAAAUAAGGAAACAUAGGUUUUUAGGUUUCAUACGGCGUUGGAAGUUUGACUUCCACGCCUUCAGUUUGGUAAUCAGUUUGAGCUGACUUUCUGAACUUAGAUCCUUCAGUCCAGAUUUAUUGUAAUUUCGAAGCCUUCUCUACUUUGACAAUUAGGACAAAACCAGGACCCUUGUCGCGUCUAGCGACAAGUACUUUUUUCGAUUUUUUAGGAGGUUUCUGAUGCCAUGGUUCAUUUCUGCUGUUCUAGAGUGUAUGAGCACAGAAAUAAUGGUAUUUUUUCCUACAACUAGGCUGGAGGAUGGAUAAAGUUGCCGAUUUCGACUGAAUACCGUUUUCAUGUAGCUGAAAUAAUCUUUAACAGCAAGAAAACAUCGAUGGUCUGAAGAUUUGUCAGCAGUUCGAGCACGGCUCACACGAUCGCUGUCAAAAGUACAAAUGAACAUUAUAUUCCAACUAUUAUUUUAAAGCAGCUGUCUACUCCCGAAGAAAAAAGUAGGCAUUUUGUUCAUAUGCAAACUCUUCCAUUUUAGAGAUCGCUGAAUAACCUGCAUUCCUUUAACAUGGGCUUUUUUACUCCGCAAUUUUCAGAGAAACGUUUUAUACUUCUUAACUGCCGUUCAUAAGAAAGUUUGGGUUACGCCCGUCUGUCUCACUCAAUCCGGCUUCGUCUUAUCGUGAAGACAGAGUUAGCGCAACCGGCCCCGGUGCCUUGUGUUACUGCUCUCCACACGAUAGUUUGUCCGUCACACGCAAACAAGCGAAGUAUAAUUUCACGCCAAUCCUGUCCUUGAAAUCCUAUCAUAAUGAAAUGACAAUUAAUGCAGUAACCCUCCGUAAGAAAUCUUUUUGAAUCGAAGACGUACUUUAGGAUCUCAGUUAACAUUUCAUGAGACAGCAGGUCCACUAGAUGAAACAGUAGCUUGCGAUUUCAAAAAGUUUCCAAUUACGGUAUUUUUAAAACCACGAAAUGACCAAUCGUAUAGCACCGAAUCGGCAGCUUUAGUAAUCCCACCUUUAAAGUGGACGAUGUGAUCCGCAUCUGCUACAAAAUUGUACGAACCGUAUAUUUCUUUUUUAUAAUGGCAUCUGCAAAUGUAUGAUGUCCCUUACUCGAAAAACAAUGUAGCUUGUACUUUGUAAACACUGGACGUACGUUUGACAACAGGUCGAGUUUUUCAAUAAUAAGCGAAUUGAGAAAGCUUUUUAAAACUGAAAGACACUGUUUCUUCAAGUAUAAAAGUCGAAAAGACGCCAUUGGCUACUAAGUAAGAAAAGGAAAGUGUAGUUUGUGCAUGUUUUCUAUGAGAUAUAUAUAAAUUUAUAAGGACGUCGAAAAUCAAUUGUAAAAAAUAAAUGCUCCUUAAGUAACCAUUUAUACUUAGCUAUUUUUAGUGAAUGUGGUUCAGUCAGGCAGUCGAAAAGAGGCUCAUUUGAAAGCCAGCAUCAUAAAGUGCUUGGAAUAUCUUGAUAUUAUGCGACACAAUGAUCAACAUGAUAAUUCUACUUAAGUCAUCUUUUUAAAUCGAGAGAUAAUUUCAGAACAUCGGUCGAAGUUUCAUGAGUUAGCGUAUUAACUAACCGUGACUCCAUAAGGGCGUAUUUAACGCUUUUUGUACCUCACUAAUAGUCUUUAACUGACAGACUAAAUCAGAUGAGGCUUCAUGGCCUGCGUCUAUCUGCACACCUCAUAACCUCCGCGAUUUUUCCCAUCCCCACUCCCUGCCUUAAAAUAAAAUAUCCUUCUGUGGGAAAGCCAUGCAAUCGCGCAGGCUAGGUGGACUUAUUUGAGCCAGUUUUCCAUAGCAGAAAAUUCACGCUUCAUAGUGGAGUUCAGCAACUAUGUGAGGUGGUUCAACAGCUGUAUGAUGGGAAGUACUGCUCACCCCUCCCCGCCCCCAUCGUGGGGGAUGAAGGUAGAAAAUGUGCCUUAACAAGCCCAGAUGAAUACGCGUCCGCAUGAUAUGGGGUAGAAAACUGCAUCAAACAACAAUCCCUGUCCCCAUUCCGCAACAGACAGUCUCAUCUGGUGAUCAGGUGUAUGGUCCGCCACAAAGUUGACAGUGUGUCACUUUAUGCAGGUUGCUUCUCUGUUCAAUGACAACUGGAUUAAACUGGCUUCAGUUACAGUGAGUGACCGAUCUCAUGAAAUGUUGGCUGAAAUUCUGAAAUGCGUUUUCGAUUAGGAAGGAUUUCUUGGUUGCGGUUGUAAUAAUGAUUAUCUUGCGGCAUACUCUUAUAACAUUUCGGACUCGGCAGGAUGUCGGCUUUUAAAUGCACUUCUUUCCAAUCUCCUGUAGAAAGCGUACUGGGUAAAAAAUGACUACUUAGGUGGCAUGGAUUUCUCCCAUUGAUUUUCGAUGGUCGUGCAAAUUCAAACAUAUUUUAUAGAAACCAUAAACAAAAAUAUGCUUUCUUUUAGUCAAUGAAUAGAGAAUCACGUCUUCUUUAUAUUUUAUACUGAAGGAAGGAGUAUAAAUAGGUUUUUAAAAAGUUUUCUAAUUGCCGAAUAAUUUUGAGCCUGAUCAUUCGCUGCAUUAGCGCUUAGUGAUUCCAGUCUACAAGGUGCAUGCGUUCCACGUAAAGAAAAUCAGAUAUUUUUCUAUGCCAUUAAAGAGAUAUUAUACAGAGUCCAUAAAAUGUUGCAAUGGAUGCGGACCAUGUUGCACAUUUCAUGAGGAGCAGUGGUAAACGACCAGGUACGAUGCUGUGUGAAUGGACAUUUCGCGGUCUUAAAAAGUCUCAUAAUUAAAAGCUUUUUUAAAACCUAAUUAUACCCCGUCCUUAAGUAUAAAAUAUAAAGAAGGCGUGAUUCUCUAUUCAUUGACUAAAAGAAAGCAUAUUUUUGUUUAUGGUUUCUAUAAAAUAUGUUUGAAUUUGCACGACCAUCGAAAAUCAAUGGGAGAAAUCCAUGCCACCUAAGUAGUCAUUUUUUUUUCCCAGUACGCUUUCUACAGGAGAUUGGAAAGAAGUGCAUUUAAAAGCCGACAUCCUGCCGAGUCCGAAAUGUUAUAAGAGUAUGCCGCAAGAUAAUCACUAUUACAACCGCAACCAAGUAAUCCUUCCUAAUCGAAAACGCAUUUCAGAAUUUCAGCCAGCAUUUCAUAAGAUCGGUCACUCACUGUACACCUGGAACAAGCAUCCAAAGGCAGAGCGAAGAGGGGUCGCAGUCUCCUUUUCUGUCGGACACGAUGUCGUGAGACGGUCGCAUUGUCUUUCGCACCGCAAAUAUAGUAUUCCUAAGGACAAGAGGCUGCCACUCCGUCCCCGUCAACGUCGACGUUGCCUCCCCCCUUCCUCCUCCUCCUCACCCCAAUGACCAGCUUCCGCGGGGUGAAGAUUAACUGUUGGCGUACCUGCGCGCCUCCGCGACUGUUUCGAAGACUGACCGCCUUUGGCGACUUCCAUAAUCGCCUGCGAACUGACCGCGUUGUCUAG